CUCAGGGUGGGUGCUCAAAAUGGCGUCUGGUAUAAAUACAAAGUGCCACCAAACUUUCUUUUUCCGCCUCCAUGCCUUCGCGGGCAGGGUGUGAAUCGGGGCAUGGGUCGGUCGGUGAGCUUUCGGGCCGGUUCAGAUUCGUAAAAACCGAUGUUUGUGGACGGAGAGAGGAGUAGAAGCGAAGGAGGGGCGAUUUUGUGGAGAAAUUCGUCUGCUGCGGAGAUUUGGUGGUGGUGUUAUCGUGGGUCCUUGAUCCCUGAUCUCAUCUAAAUCCGCGACAACAAGGAAACGGAUAUAAGGGCUAAAUCCCGUCUCCUGGGAACAGCCAGGUCGCCAUGGCUACCAGACUGGACCGCCUGUUCACCCUGCUGGACACGGGUUCGACUCCCGUCAUCAGGAAGUCCGCAGCGCUGCAGAUCGGACAGGUGCAGAAGCUGCAUCCACACGAGCUGCACAACCUGCUGGCUAAGGUGCUGACAUUCCUGCGCAGUGAUAACUGGGACACCAGGAUCGCUGCUGGUCAGGCCAUCGAGGCUAUCGCCAGGAACGUACCACUGUGGGAGCCACGGGGGGUGGAAGGCAGGUCCACGCCUGUGAGAGACCGCAGUGACAAGUUGGAGUUCUCCAGGUUUGACAUCACACGAGUGUUACAGAAGGGCUCCGCACUGUUAGGGUCCGCUGGCACUGAGUUCGACGUGGACGAAAAUGAACUUGCAGCCAUGGAUCCAAAGGAGUGCCUGACAUGUUCCUCCCUGUCCCUUUCAGCCAUGGAUCCAAAGGAGCGCCUGGUGUACCAGAAGAAACAGAUCCACAAGCGGCUGGGUCUGGACGUAGCGGGCGCGGUGGGCGUCGACACACAGCAGUUCUUCCAGGACGAAGACCUGGUGAUGAGGCCGGAACUCAACAGUCACGCACAGAGGCAGCAACGGAUACAGCUGUCUGCAGCGGAUGCAGUAGCCCAGGAGAUGGCAGCAGUGAAGCCUGGCAUGAGCGCGCGGGAGAAGAACCGAGCCAAACGGAAAGCCAAGUCACUCGCCAAGCAGAGGUCAAAGGACAUCCAGGAGGGUGUGCCUGACCUCAGUUCCAACUCGCAGAGCCAGGGGGAGGAGCCUGAUCCCAAGAGGAAGAGAACCACAGCUGUCCUGGUGGACCAGCCGGCUGAUGCAGACAGGGUCGUCAUGGACCAAGUACUGGACAGCAGCGUCAUGUUUGAGGAGUCAGAAGACUGGCCCUUUGAGUCCUUCUGUGAGGUGCUCCUCAACGACUUGUUCAGCCCAAGUUGGGAGGUGAGACACGGGGCAGGUACUGGGCUCAGGGAGAUAGCAAAGACUCAUGGGAAGGGUGCUGGUAGGACAGCUGACGCCCCUGCCGAACAGCUGGACAGCAGUAACCAGCAAUGGUUAGAAGACGUGGCCCUGAGACUACUCUGUGUCUUCUCCCUGGACAGGUUUGGGGACUUUGUGUCCGACGAGGUUGUUGCCCCAGUGAGAGAAACAUGUGCCCAGACACUAGGGGCCGUGCUGCAUCACAUGACCUCCGAGGGUGUGAAGGGGGUCCUGGGAAUCCUGAUGCAGCUCCUGGAGCAGCCCCAGUGGGAGGUUAGGCAUGGGGGGCUCCUGGGGCUCAAAUAUCUACUGGCUGUUAGGAAGGAACUGGUGGAGGCCACCCUCCCCUCCAUCGUCCCGGCGAUCGUCCAGGGUCUCCAGGACAGUGUGGAUGAUGUGGUUGCCGUGGCAGCAGCCAGCAUCGUCCCUGUCGUCGACUCUCUGGUCAAAAUACUCCCGCUGCAGGUUCCUGGCAUUGUUGAGAUCCUGUGGGACGCGCUGUUGGAGCUGGACGACCUGACAGCAUCCACUAACAGCAUCAUGCUGCUGCUGGCCUCCCUGCUGACCUAUCCUGGGGUCACAGCACAGACAAGUUGUGGAGCUGUGCUGACGACAUUGGUUCCCCGUCUGUGGCCGUUCCUACAUCACACCAUCCCCUCCGUCAGGAAGGCCUCCCUGGAGACCAUCCACACACUCUUAGUCUCCGACAGCCCCCAGGCGCCCUGCUCUGAUUGGCUGCCGCCGCUGCUGCAGGACGCCCUGCGGCACGUGUACCAGCGCAGCAUCACAGAGACUAAGGAUACCAUCCUGGAGAUCGUACAGAAGGUGUGGCUGAAGCUGCUAGAGAAGGCUCCCCUGGAGUAUCUGGUUGCAGCCGCCUGCCCCUGGCUCAGUGCCUGGUUGUGUCUGGCCAUGCAGCCGGCGCAGGUGCAGAUAGACUCCACCAUGCUGGUAGACAGCCGGAUGAAGGGAAAGGAAAGAGGACCUUCCACACCCCGGAGCCGUACAGCCCCCAUCAUCAAGGAGGUCCGGGAGUACAUCGGAGGGGCGGAGUCUGUUACCAUGGAUACCCCGCAGUCCAGGGACCACUGUGUCAUCAAGGCACGACUCACUGCUGUCAGGUUGUUGGGUUGCCUGUCAUCAUACAUCGGCCAGCCCCUGCCCACUUUACAGCCGGGCGAGACAGCACCGGUGGACAGCCUUGGACAGCUGCUGUGCUUCCACCUGAGUGGGAAGUCUGCUAUCCAGCGGAUGGUGGCUGCUCUGGUGGUUAGGAACUGGGCUGAGUUUCAACAGGCCCACAGCCAGGAUAGCUGCUGUCCCCUGGCUGUGAGACAGCGGCUACAGGAGGUGCUGACGGAGAACUUGUACUACGAUGAGAUCACCACACAGUUUACCACUAUGCAGACAGAGUGCAGGGCGUUCCUGACUGCCCUCCAGGCCUGUGGAUGUCCUGUAGACUCCAUGGCCAGACAGGGGAGCUUACUGACCGUGGAGCAGGCCUCUGCCCUGGCUGCAACCCACUGCAGUCAGGCGGUCAUGCCCAACCAGCUACAGAGGCUGGAGGGUCGGAGGUCCCAGCUGCAGGCGGCGGUUCAGGAGACCGGUGCGGAACACGGCCUGCACCACCUGCGGGUCCAGUGCAGCGUGGCCGGCGCGCUCGUGUCACUCCGACUCCUGCCCGACAAACUCAACCCUGUCAUACGUCCGCUCAUGGACACCCUGAAAAGGGAGGACAACUCACUGUUGCAGGAAUCUGCUGCUAGAAGUCUUGCCAUGCUGCUAGAACAGACCAUGACCCGGACCCCCUGUCCAAACCCCAAAAUCACCCGGAACCUGCGGGGCUUCGCCUGUGCAGACUGUGUGCAAACUCCUCUGGUCACUCAGCCACUACAGCCUAUCAGGGAACCGGCAUCCAGACCAGCCAGCCCAGUAUGCGGCUCCCCGGCAGCCACCCCCUCCCCCUCGGGCAGGGGUACCCCUCCUGUAUUCCCCCCCGGCACGGAGGGGGUGUCCAAGACCUCAGGAAUCCUGACGCUGGUGCGGCAGCAGAGAGACGCUGCCAUAGCAACGGCCAGCAGGCGAGGGGGGCGGGGCAGGAAGAACCUAGGGUUAAAGGUCGAUAUGGAGGCGAUUCUGGCUGAGGAUGAUGAGGCUCAGAAGCAGGCAGCAGUGCAGGUACGCGGGGCAGGGCUGGUGCUGACACAGAUCGCCAGGCACUUCGGCUCGGGGCUGACCUCCGCCCUGCCGAACCUGUGGGAGGCCACUGUGGGGGCGCUGUCCUCAGUUAACCUUCCUGCUGAUGCAGACUCUACCCAUGACGGCCCAGCCCAGGACCUGGUGAAUGCACUACAGGUGGUGGAAGUGAUGGGGCCGGCCUUACAUCAACAACUUCAUACACAGUUGAUCCAAGCGUUGCCGCAGCUAUGCACCUGUCUGCGCCACCCUUACACCGCCGUCAGGCACAUGGCGGCCCGGGUUCUGGGCAUGCUCAGUAAGGUGGUUACCGUGGAGACCAUGAACCUGGUGCUGGGUCAUGUGAUCCCCAUGCUGGGGGCGUCCGAGGAGGUCCAGAGGGAGGGAGCCAUGGAGGCACUCAGCUACAUAGUAGAGAAGCUAGGUGUUGUGAUGAUCCCCUACAUCGUGCUGCUGGUGGUGCCAGUACUCGGCAGGAUGAGCGACCAGACAGAGUGUGUGCGGCUUCUCGCCACGCAGUGCUUCGCCACACUGGUCAGGCUCAUGCCACUGGAGGCAGGGAUCCCAAACCCUCCCGACAUGUCAGCAGACCUGAUAGAGAAGAAGGCUGAGGAGAGGAGGUUCCUGGAACAGCUGCUGGAUAACUCCAGGGUAGACAACUACCUGGUGCCUGUCCCCAUCCAGGCUGAACUCAGGAAAUACCAACAGGAUGGCGUGAACUGGCUGGCGUUCCUGAACAAAUACAAACUGCACGGCAUCCUGUGUGAUGAUAUGGGUCUGGGGAAGACACUGCAGUCUCUGUGUAUAGUGGCAGGGGACCACUACCAUAGGGCAGCAGAGUAUAGGAAGUCCCGUCACGCGGAUUGUGCCCCCCUCCCCUCCAUCGUGGUCUGCCCCCCCACACUGACGGGACACUGGGUGUACGAAGUGGAGAAGUUCGUGUCCCUGGAGCACCUCAACCCCCUGCACUACACGGGACCCCCCUCCGAGAGGAACAGGUUAAGGAGCAGAGUGAAGAAACACAACCUUGUGGUGGUAUCUUACGACAUUGUCAGGAACGACAUUGACUUCUUCAGGACCAUCCAGUGGAACUACUGCAUCCUGGAUGAAGGGCACAUCAUCAAGAAUGGUAAAACGAAGAUUUCCAAAGCUGUGAAGCAGUUACAGGCCAACCACAGACUGAUACUGUCCGGCACACCCAUUCAGAACAAUGUCCUGGAGCUGUGGUCGCUGUUUGACUUCCUGAUGCCAGGAUUUCUGGGUACAGAGAAGCAGUUCAUGGCCAAAUAUGGCAAGCCCAUCCUGCAGUCCCGUGAUGCCAAGAGCUCCUCCAAGGAGCAAGAAGCAGGUGCCCUAGCCAUGGAGGCACUCCACCGACAGGUGCUGCCGUUCCUCCUGAGGAGGAUGAAGGAAGAUGUCUUACAGGACCUGCCUCCCAAAAUCAUCCAGGACUACUACUGUGAGCUCAGCCAGCUACAGGUUCAGCUGUACGAGGACUUUGCCAAGUCCCAGGCCAGGAAGGGCGUGGAGGAUUCCAUCACCAUGGCAACUGCAGAUGAGGAGGAGAAGCCAAAACGGACAACGCACAUUUUUCAGGCUUUGCAGUACCUACAGAAGGUGUGUAACCACCCGAAGCUGGUGCUGUCCUGCAGUCAUCCCGAGUUCCAACAGGUGGCGCUACAGCUAAAGGCACAGCAGUCCUCUCUGGAUGACAUCCAACACUCGGCCAAACUGACAGCUCUCAGACAGCUCCUGUUGGAUUGUGGGAUCGGAGUUCCCGACAGCGGCCAGACGUCAGACCUCCUGUCGGACGCUGUGGUUGGUCAGCACCGGGCCCUGGUGUUCUGCCAGCUCAAGAGCAUGCUGGACAUUCUGGAGAAGGACCUCCUAAAAGCCCACAUGCCCAGUGUGACGUACCUCAGGUUGGAUGGGUCCAUUCCUGCGGGGGCCAGACAUUCCAUUGUCAACAGGUUUAACAACGACCCCUCCAUCGACCUGCUGCUGCUGACGACCCACGUGGGUGGGUUGGGGCUGAACCUGACCGGGGCAGACACAGUCAUCUUUGUGGAGCACGACUGGAACCCCAUGCGAGACCUCCAGGCAAUGGACCGUGCCCAUCGGCUGGGACAGAAGAAGGUGGUGAACGUUUACAGACUCGUCACUCAGGGAACUCUGGAGGAGAAAAUCAUGGGGCUGCAGAAGUUCAAGUUGAACAUCGCCAACACGGUGAUCUCCCAAGAGAACUCCAGCCUGCGGUCCAUGGGCACCGACCAGCUCCUCGGCCUCUUCACUCUGGACGAAAGGAAGGAGAGAGAGGAGGGAGGGAGGACAGCAGGGGCAGGGAACGCGCAUGGAAGUGGCGAGGGCAUGAAGGGGGUUAUGGAGGGACUGGGAGAGCUGUGGGACCAAGCGCAGUAUGAGACGGAAUAUGAUCUGGGCAGUUUUGUUCAGUCCCUGACUUAGUGUGACACGGUGAAAGUUUCAUUUUUAUUUUCGUAGUUUUUGCUGCAAAAUCUCCUUAUCAAGAGUCUGUUGCACUGUGAAGGAUGUCAUGCAUUAAAUUGCAUGUAUUACUGCUGCGACACAGCUGCAAGUCUUGUUUUACCCUCUUACCGCAAUUUCGUCCAGUUCCUCACUUGAAGUGGGUUGAGGAUGUUUUCGAG